AAGCAGAUGAUGGAAAAGCCGGCAGCUAUAUCUGUAGCUAUAUAUAUACCUCAGCUAUAUCCGCCUACUCAUAUGACAUACCUUUCAGCCAAGGGGCCGCACCAUAAUGAAGAAGAUAACUUGUCGUUGCAAACUCUAUCGGCUCGUUCGUCAACGCCUUGUGGACAACUCUUAAAUAAUACCUUGGUUAGCUGUGAUUUGGAGAAAUCUGUUGAACAUGUGAGCCCUGUCAAGGAGAACCUCGCAGAAAAUACGCAACAACCUUUCAAGGAAACUCGAUAUAAUUCGAAAGGCAAAACACAUACGCUGACCACUUACAAAUCAGUUCCAUCUUUGCCACCGCCUGUCGCGUUGGCGAGCACAUCGUCCACAGAUAAUAAUGGAAAGCAUUUGGAGAAAAUCAAAUCCUUGAUGAACGCUUCGUUAUUACAAUACUCUCGCGGUAGUCUAUUGCUUAUAGGCAAAUACAUAACUACUGCCAAAGUUAAACGGGGUAAUCAUUCGCUUAUAAUUAUCGACUGUUGCGUGAUUGAAUUAGAAGCACGCCUGCAACGUCUUAAGAUAUGGAGAAGUUCCGAUUACAUGACAGACUUUAGAAACAGCGGGGGAAACGGCUGCGCAAGUAUUAUUGAUAUGAAUAAUAACAACGGAAAAUCGGGUUGGAAUGACAUGAUGCCAGCGUUCUUUAAACGCAAGGUUAUGGAUGAGUCGAUAAUUAGAAGUCAACCUCCACAGCCAUUUGAGUUUAAGGAUCCUGUUAUUAUAAGCAACCAACGUCGCAUUGGUAGCGGACGUCUACAACCUAAUAAGUGGUCUGAUAUUUAUAUGGCAUCUCAACAUUAUAAUAACCACAAUUCAGCUGAGAUACGAAAUAGCGAUUUGGUAUCAACGGAUGGAAAUGAGAGCGAAGAGAAAUCGUCUUUUAAGGAUAGACAUGAUAUUGUCACCAAAAACUAUGUGAAACCAGUAGUGUCCGGACUUUCAUUUGUAUCUAGCUUGAAAGAUCGAGAAGCAGAACAAAGACAUGAGCAACAAUCUAAGAAUCAGGCUGAAGAACCCGAAUGGUUCAGUUGUGGCCCAACGUCACGUUUGGAUACAAUUGAACUGUGCGGCUUCGAUGAUGACCACGAUCGAGAAAGUUUAUUGUCGGAAAAGAAUAAUGAUAAACAAGAAGGUUCUGCUGAAGGUGAUGAUGUCAAUAACGACGACUUUAAAGAAAAUCGCACUCAAAAAGCUAAUUUGGUAAAGAACUUCUUAUACUUCCCUAAAUUGCAAAAAAUUAUAUCCGUAUAAUCAAAC